CCAAAACAGUCAGAGAGAGAGAGAAAGAGUUGACACACAUUCAAAGACUUUUUUGUCUGUUCCUGCGGUAAAAAAAAAGUAGAAAAAAGAAAACACGCAUUACAUAGUGCAAGUUUUUCUUCUUAUUGGACAAAGAGGGUGGUGGUUGUGAGAUGAAGAGGUCUUCUAAUUCCUCCUCUUCAUCUUCAUCGACUUCUAUCCGUGCUGGUUUUGAAUUAGAGAUAAAUAAUAAUGGUAAAUAUCCAAAAAGCAAAAAUAGCAUAAAUGAUGUGAAGUUACCACUGAAUAAAGUAUUCAAGAGAACAAAUAGUUGUGGCAACAAAAGAAGCUCUAUUUAUAGAGGAAUCACCAGACAUAGGUGGACAGGUAGGUUUGAAGCUCAUCUGUGGGACAAGAAUUUUUGGAAUAAUAUUCAGAGUAAAAAGGGACGACAAGUUUAUUUGGGGGCAUACGAUACAGAAAAAGCUGCUGCUCGCUCUUAUGAUCUUGCAGCUCUAAAGUAUUGGGGAUCUAAUACAAUCUUGAAUUUUUCGAUAGAAACAUAUGCCAAGGAAAUUGAGGAAAUGAAGGAUAUUUCACAAACUGAAUACUUGGCUUCUCUGCGAAGAAGGAGCAGUGGAUUUUCGAGAGGUGUUUCCAAGUAUCGUGGAGUGGCGAGGCAUCACCACAAUGGAAGGUGGGAAGCACGAAUUGGAAGAGUAAAUGGCAACAAGUACCUUUAUCUGGGGACCUAUAACACUCAAGAAGAGGCAGCAGCAGCAUAUGAUAAAGCAGCCAUAAAGUAUAGAGGAAUAAAUGCAGUAACAAACUUUGACAUAAGCAAUUAUAUUGACAAAAUAAAGAAGAAUGAGCCGUCUAUGAAAAAAGCACAAACACAAAUAACUCCAAUCUCUACUGAAUUUGAAGAAGCAGAAGUAGUGGAGCAAGAGGCUCCUUCCACAGUAGUGGCACAUCCAGCAAAUUUAGAAAAUAUGCAAAAGGAAAGAGAGCAGCCAAACACGGACAUCAACGGCAUGCUUUCCCGGGAUUUGAGAUGGAGUUUCAUGGAUGCUGAGCUGUCCGAGUUCAACGUAAAUGACAUUUUUCAAGGUAAAGGUAGUGGGUUGGAGGAUGAUAUCAACUUUCUGUGUAUGGCUGAUCCUGAUGAGAAUAGUUUCAAUCUGAACACUAUCUUUGACGGUCUUGAAAAAUGUGAUGGAGAUAUGCAUGUGCAUGCCAAUUAUUAAGAAGCGAAAGUUCCCCUUCUUUUUACAUGUAUUCUCUUCAAGAAGCAGAAGUUCUUGUCCCCUUCUUCUAGUAUGGUUCUAUUUGAAAAAUUGCUGGGGUUUGUUUUCUCAACUGUUAGUAUCUGUUAUGAUAGAUGAGUAAAAAAAAUAAAAUAAAAGAAUGUUAUAGCAAUGUUGUCUUUAAGGUAAGGAUGGAUGUGAGUAGAUAUCUAUCUUUAGAUCAAUAAUGUAUGAAAAAC